UCUCAACACAAUGUUCCCCAUAAUUGAUAAUACCCUAUUAAUUAGCUAUGAAAAUUCCAACAAAAAUCCCCAUUAUACAUUUCCUUCUUCUAAUUUGUUUCCUAAGAAAAAGUUUCAAACUUCUUGUUGUUCUUUUUGCCCCAGGCCAAACUAAGGCCUGGUUAUGGUCUGAUGGCGGCCAUGGCAAAAAGAACAGCCACGCCUCAAUGUUCUUAAAAUUCUCGUCAAAAAAAUUCUUUCCCCACCUUCAAACUUCAUGAAAUUACUCUGAAUCUAAUUAACAUAUUCACCCUUUUCAUCCGUCUCAAAAAAAUUGUUCGUUUUUUUAUAAUAUAAUCAGUUUCCCUCUUAAAGUUCCCAUUUCUUUUGUUGUGUUAUUCUUUGGAGUAUUACGGAACAAAUUUUUUUUUUUAAAAUGGCGCCUGGCUUUGUAAGAACAAGUUCAAACAUCGAAGGAGAAAACCCAGGAGUAACAGCAAUUGCGGUUGAUAUGGGCAAGAACAGCCAUUUUGCUGUGAAAUGGGCUACAGACAAUCUCUUGAAAAAGGGCGACUCUUCCUCUUGCAUUCUUGUUCAUGUCCACCACAAACCAGCUCCCAAUCAGAACCCAAAUGGGCCAUCCAAGAAGGAGCUGCAGCAACUAUUCCUUCCGUUCCGAGGAUUUUGUGCCAGAAAAGGGAUUAAAGCCCAGGAAGUGCUUCUGUUUGAUACAGAUAUAGCAAAAGCUCUCUUAGAAUUCAUUGCCAAGAACUCCGUAGCGACUCUGGUCAUUGGUGCCACCAACAAGAGUGCUUUCUCCAGGUUCUGUCUCUUAGAUAAGAUAAAUACUUCCCUUAUGAAUACGGAUCCUUUGUCGUUAUCUCUCAGGAAGUUCUGGAGCGUCAGCCUUUCAACAACCCUACUCCAGGCCGCACCGGAUUCCUGUUCCGUCUACGUCAUCUCCAAGGGCAAACUCCAGAGCUUGCGGCUAGCAAAUCAGCCGCCGCCGCAUAACCACCAGCUCCCUCCGCCGAGCCCCGACCAGCAGUCCGAAGUAAUGUCGGUGUCGGAGUACAGCUACAGCCAGGGGAGCUUCAGGAGCGAGUUAUCGUCCGACAGAAUGUCCGUCGAGAGCAGCGAAUCCGCCGGUGUUACCAGAAUGUCGGCGAACAGAGGCGGCGGCGGCGGGUAUGGCAGAACACCAGCUGUACCUUCGGGGCAUCAUCAUCAAGGCAGGAUGAUCAGUAGGUUGCCCGCGGCGGAAUCUGCCGGCAUGUCGAAUUUCAGCGAUGCUUCGUCGGCGUCGUCGUUGUCGUCGGCGGUGAUGACGAGGAACUUUCAGUAUGUCGAUGCGGCGUCGUAUGAGAGCAAUAAUAAUAGUACGGAGUUCUCUGGGUUGUCGGCUAGUUCUACCAGCUCAAAUAAUUCAUCCGAAAACAUGCAAUUGAUUGAGUCAGAAAUCAGGAGAAUGAAGCUUGAACUGCAGAAAAAUCUCGAUGCUUACCAUUCCAUUUGCAAAGAUGCUGCCACGGCCAAUCAAAUGAUGACAAAACCGCAAAAUUUCCAUUCUCGUGAAUCCGAAUCCGACGAGGAUUCCACUAUGUCCUUGAACCUCGAGAUUUCAACACCGGAAAUCGAAUUACAGAGGAACAAGGCGGCGAGAAUAUCACAACUAUUGUCGGAGAUGGAAGGUCAGAAGAAGCAAAACGCAGAAAUAAUGAGAGCCAAUUACAAGCAAGCUCUAAGAGAUAAGAACCACCACAACUCUAGAUCAACGGAGUCGCUUGCAUAUUACGGCGGCAGCCAAAAUCCUAUUGUUCAGUUCAGAGAGUAUAACAUCCAAGAUAUAGAGAUGUCGACGAACCACUUUGCCCCGUCGAAAAAGAUUGGUGAAGGUGGGUAUGGACCUGUUUAUAAAGGCAUAAUCGAUGACGUUCCUGUCGCGAUCAAGGUUGUCAGACCAGACUUGUCUCAAGGACAAAAACAGUUCCAAAAAGAGGUCGAGGUAUUGAGCACCGUGAGACACCCACACAUGGUGAAUCUCCUGGGCGCAUGCCCUCAAUACGGGUGCCUGGUCUAUGAGUACAUGGACAAUGGGAGCUUAGAAGACCGUCUCAUGAGGAAAGACAACACCCCGACGAUCCCAUGGUCCACGAGGUUCAAGAUAGCCUCCGAGAUCGCCACGGGCCUGCUCUACCUCCACGAGCACAGGCCCGAGCCCAUCGUCCACCGUGACCUCAAGCCCGCCAACAUCCUUCUGGAUUCCAACUACGUUAGCAAGAUAGGGGACGUGGGUCUCGCGAGGCUCGUCCCGGGGGCCGCACCAAACAGUAACGUGACACGAUACCAUAUGACUGCAGCGGCAGGGACGUUUUGUUACAUUGACCCGGAAUACCAGCAGACAGGGCUAUUGUCCGUGAAAUCGGACUUGUUCUCACUCGGUGUGGUUCUGUUGCAGCUCAUCACGGGGAAACCUCCGAUGGGGUUGUCGUACCAUGUCGAAGAAGCCGUCGAGAACGAGAGGUUCGCGACGGUUCUUGACCCGACGGUUAAGGAUUGGCCCGUGGAGGAGGCUCUGUCGCUCGCCAAGCUGGCAUUGCAGUGUUGUGAGCUGAGGAAGAAGGAUAGACCUAGCCUUGGGAAUGUAGUGCUUCCGGAGUUGAACCGGUUGAGAGAUUUUGCUGUGGGUUUCUCGUUGGGUUGUCCAGAAGACAUGGAUGUUGCACCACCACACUAUAACGAGGAACUUUUCAGAAGAUGAAAGUGGGAAAAUGGUGGCUAGCUAGCUCAAAAGGGGAGGGAAGGUUUUGUGUUGGUCUUCAUGUUAUUCAAGUUUCCAACUUUGUUUAUUUAGAUGGGGAGAAUCAUUUGAUUCAUUUCCAUUAUUAUUAUGGAGAAUAAUCAUGAAACAAUCUAUGAAAGAAAAAGAGGUGAGACAUGCAGGGGAAAGAAGUCAAGAACUAUUGAAAGUUUUGAGAGAAAAAUGUGAAAGGGUAGGGAUAUGGAAGAAGAGGUGGGGAAAGAAUUAUUGACUCAUUUAGAUUGUAAAUUUUUCUGUCUAAUAAUUUUUGGAUUCAAUUAUGUUUUUCAUUCUAUCUUAAUUUUUUUAAUCGAAUCAAUACAAAUAAUGAUAAAUAUCUCAAA